AUGCGAGACGGGGUCACGGGAAAUCAAGUCCUCCAAAUAUUGUCUUUUUUUCCUUUUCCCCAAUUUCUCUGUUCUCUCUCUUCGAAACCUAGAAUCCAAAUUCUCGAUCUCUGCAGCCCCCUUUUCGCCUCCCGCCGGCAGACGCACACCCCAGUCCUCGACCUCUCAGCGUCGGUAAUAGCCAAGGUAAGUGACUUCUUCCCGACCAUCUGCAGCCCUUGUGUGGGAGGGGUGAGGCGGCGAUUUCCGCCGUGCCGCCCUCUCUCCGGCAAGGAUGUGUGCAGCCGUUUCGUCUUUCAGUCACCCACCUUGUGCCGAUUGGUCGAAUUCCUCUAG